AUGGGUCGGAAAAAGGGAGUGCAUCUGGUGCACGAUGGGCCGCCGGACGACUUCGAUCCGGAGAACCCCUACAAGGAUCCGGUCGCCAUGCUCGAGAUGAGGGAACACCUCGUCAGGGAGAAGUGGAUCGACAUCGAGAAGGCCAAGAUCCUGAGGGAGAAGGUCCGCAUGUGCUACCGCAUCGAGGGGGUCAACCACCUCCAGAAGUGUCGCCACCUCGUUCAUCGCUACCUCGACGCCACCCGCGGCGUCGGCUGGGGCAAGGACCACCGCCCCCACGCCCUCCACGGGCCAAAGGUGGUGGAGACGCCUGCUGAGUGA